AUGGCAGGCUCUUCUCUGUUUAGAACCGGGAACCCUAAUCUAAAACGGGAUGCUGUGGUAAAACACAGCGAGUCCGUUCGGCAUUCUCGAUGUCGCGAUGUAUAUAUAAAUCGCACCCAGCCCAAUAACCCAGGCACGGUGGAAGCCGCCGUUGGCAGACAAUUGGCUAUCUCUAAUCAGGACGCGCUCCGGCAGCUGAAGGUUAAAUUUAACAUAGCGUAUGUGAUCGCAAAGGAAGAGAUAGCCUUCACUAAAUUUGGACCGAUGAUUGCCCUUCACCAUAAAAAUGGAUUAAACAUCAAUCCCACAUAUGACAAUGAUGUGAGAUGUGCUGAGAUGGUCGGUCAAAUAGCGGAAGGCAUCAAAGACACUCUCGCUGCCCAGCUACAAGCGGCCCGUUACCUCGCAGUCCUGAUAGAUGGCGAUACGGACAUAUCAAACACGGAGUGUGAGAUUGUGUAUGUGCGCUUCGUGGAGGAUGGCAGACCGGUGACCCGCCUCGUCGGCCAACAGGCUCUCUUACACGCUCAUGCGCAAGGUGUCCUGGCUGGAACCAAUGCAGCAUUUGAUGCUCUUGGACGUGGUACAUGCGACUGGAAGGCCAAGUGUGUCGCAUUUGGUGCAGAUGGUGCUAAAGUCAACAUGGGUGUGCAUAGGGGAGUGAGUGCUCUACUCAAACAGGCAGCCGGACAGCAUGUAAUUCCCAUUCAUUGCAUGCCUCACAGGUUGGAGUUGGCCAUUCUCAACCUGCAGCGCAAUGAGACAAUGGUGGCCAAAGUCUAUGACCUUCUCCAUCUUGUGUGGAAGACGUACCACCAGAGCCCUAAAUCCAGGCGUGAGCUGAACCUGAUUGGAAAAGAGCUAG